AUGUCCCCCUCAGUCCAUGCCCCUGACGCUGCCUCCACUGACCCCCCGCACGACCAUACACAAAGAGAGGAACCCGCAAAGGCGAAGCAUGGCUCAACAUGGAAGAAUGAUGAAACCCAUGUCCUCCCACAGAAUAGAUUGCCCAUUGUGUUCGCCGGCUUAAUGGCGACAGUAUUUCUUGCCGCGAUGGAUCAGACGAUCGUCGCGACAGCACUACCGACCAUUGUUUCCGACCUCGGAGGAGGGAGUAAUUACAGUUGGGUGGGAAGCUCAUAUCUACUCGCUGCAGCGGCCCUUAGUCCUUUAUACGGAAAGCUCUCGGAUUUGAUAGGCCGCAAGCCCGUGUUGUACUCGUCCAUCAUCGUGUUUCUGAUCGGCUCUGCUUUAUGCGGAGCGGCGCAGAAUCUAGUCUGGCUGAUCGUUUGUCGUGCCGUUCAAGGUAUCGGCGGCGGAGGUAUCAUCCAACUGGUCAAUAUCACCAUCAGCGACAUCGUACCGCUACAGGAUCGUGGCAAAUACGGGGGGCUCAUCGGUGCCACCUGGGGAAUUGCAUCGGUAGUCGGCCCUCUCUUAGGCGGUGCUUUUACGGAUCAUGUUUCUUGGAGAUGGUGCUUCUGGAUUAAUCUGCCUACUGGAGGCGUGGCGAUCGCAAUCCUUUUCAUCUUCCUGAAUCUCAACCCUACGCAAGGACGCACAUUAAAACAACAUGCCCGCGAGUUUGAUUUCAUUGGGCUUGGGCUCAUGAUAGGUGGCGUCGUGUGUCUUCUCAUUGGCUUCAACGCCAGUGAGACGGAUUGGUCCUCUGCAGAAACUAUUGCAUUACUCACCGUUGGAUGUGUGCUCCUGGUCUCCGCUGCUAUUAACGAGCUCUUCACCAAGCGUUCACCGAUCGUGCCACCGCGUCUCUUUCAGACUCGUACAACGGGGGUGCUUCUCGUCUCUGUAUUCCUCCAUGCCAUAGCAUUUUUCAGCGGGGCCUACUACCUUCCCGUCUACUUCCAAAUCCUGGGUUCUUCUGCCACAAUGGCCGGCGUGAGAAUGCUGCCGUUCUCCCUGGGAGCUGCUUUGUUCUCCGCUAUAGCGGGAAUCAUCGUCUCUCGCACGGGCGACUGGCGCACGAUGUUGUGGACUGGUUGGGCAGUAUUCACUCUCGGCCAAGGGUUAAUGAUCAUGCUGGGAUCCAAUUCAAACACCGCAGAGCAGGUGCUGUACCCGUUCAUAGCUGCUGCCGGUCUCGGGUCUCUAUUCCAGACACCAUUGAUCGGUCUCCAGGCUGCUAUGCCUAUCAGGGACAUGGCCACUAGUACAGCGACGUUCGGUUUUAUCAGGACCAUGGGCGGUACUGUGGGCGUCUCGGUGGGACAAGCCAUAUUCUCCUCCACCCUACGAAAGCGAUUAGCACGGAUCCCCAACUUGGAGCUGGACACCUCCCCUGCGGCGCUUAGUGAAAGCGUUAGGCAUUUGACGAGCAUACCUGAUCCUUCGGUGCGCAGCCAAGUGAUACAUGCAUAUGCACGGUCGAUCAGCGAGAUUUGGCUAUCAAUGACCCCGAUAGUUGGCGCUGGGUUUGUGAUGGUCCUGAUCGUGCGGCAUUACACGCUGAAACGGACGAUUGUGAAGGGUGGGCAGGAGAAAGCGCCCGAGCCGGAGAAAAUAGGAGAAGGCUCUGACCGGACCUUGGAGAAAGAGCGGGAUCUGGAGAAGGGAGAAAGAGGAACGGAGGAUGGCAGGUCAGAUCAAGCAUCACAUCAACAAGCAACUAGAGAUAGCCGCGAGACAACGGUAGACCGGAACGAAAAUGGGCAGGUUUUAACGACUUGA